AUGAGUUGCGCAAUCUAUCGUGAUAGGCACUGCAGGAACUGCAAAGCAAUAGAGCCCAGUCAGGAAUGCAGCUUCCAAGCCAGUGGCCUCGUCGCCGGCGUUUUAGUCACGUGCUUGACUCAUCCGCUGUGGCUUGCCAAAGCGCGAAUGGAGAUGCAGGCAAAAGAAGCUGAGGUUGCUGGUUGGCCUCUUUUCCGCAGCGGCUUUAGUUGUAUAGUGAGCGUCGCCCGUGGCGGCGUGCGAGAAUGUUACAAAGGGAUUGGCCCUGCCUUAGCCUUAGCCCCGCAUGCUGCAAUCCAGAUUGCCGUUUAUGAACGGCUGAAACGGAAUCACGCCUCACAAGGUUCGUGCUCCACCUCAACAGGACUGCCCGCUUUGUGGGGAGCCGCCUCGAAAUUCGCUGCUCUUUCCGUCCUGCGCAGUCGACAACAGGUAUACAGUACCCCAUACGCCAAUCUGAACUUUCUGCAGAUUGCGAUCAGAAUGGUCCGGGAGGAAGGAGUUCUCUCUCUUUUCGGCGGCUACUGGGUCCAUACGCAGCGUGCGUGCCUGCAAAGCGGCAUCAUGUUCCUUAUUUAUGAGGGAAUUUUGAACGAAGCCAAAUAA